AUGGACUGUAAGAAGAGCGUAGCUGGCACAAUAAUGCGCGUGAGCAAUUAUGGAAGGACAAAAAAAAGGAAGAAAAGCUUAGCAGUGGGCUACUGCUGUAACACGAAUUAUGAAGGAUGUAGAAAUGUAUACAUAAAGUCGGUCAUGUAUCAAAGGAGUAGCAGUAUCUUUCUUAAAAAUAUGAACAAUUCAAGUAGUAUGAGCACAAACUAUACCGGUGUCAAUACUAGUCCCAGUACUACUACUACUGCUACUACUACUGCUACUACUACUGCUACUACUACUGCUACUACUACUGCUACUACUACUGCUACUACUACUGCUACUACUACUGCUACUACUACUGCUACUACUACUGCUACUGCUACUACUACUACUACUGCUACUACUACUGCUACUACUACUGCUACUACUACUGCUACUGCUACUACUACUGCUACUACUACUACUGCUGCUCCUGUUUCUGAUGGUGCUAAUUGUGGGAGUGGUACGGAAGAUGACUACACAUUUUUGUGCCUCGUUAAAAGUUCUCUACGUCUUAACCCUCUAAACGUAAUGAGCUUGUUUAAUUUAGUGAACUUCUAUAGUAGGAAAAAAGAUAGAAAGAACUGUUCUUUCUAUUCUUCGUUAUUACACUGUAUUUUGAUAAAUAUUGUAAAGAAAUCCUUUUAUAAAAAUGAAAUACAUUAUGAUAUUGCGCCUAAGGAGAAAAUGAAAAUAAAAAUGAGAAAAAAAUUGUACUUAACAUGCUUCUCACAUACUGUUUAUAAAAGACAGUUGAACGAUAAGUACAAAACUUGGUUAGUAAAAAAUAUAGCAAGAAAAUGGAAUACUAUUCCAUAUCUAAAUGACAGAAUUUUCAUAAUUCUAUUAUUAGAAAAUUUACACAUUUUAUAUUUAAAUAAUUACAAAAUGUGUCAUAUGUAUAAAGUAGUAUACUACGUUAACCUCUUUUUAAAUAUUUUGGACUUUAAUAAAAUCCGCAAUUAUGUAAAGAAAAAUUAUUUUUUCUUGCAUGCAAACUUGCACUAUGUUAAAGCUAGCUGUUACAUGCUAGUUGAGUCGAGUAAAAAAAAUCUCAUAAAUAAUGUUAGCAGGUGCAGUGAUAAAGACAUUAUCAAAAGGGGGAAUGAUACAAUGAAUAUAAGGUUGAUAGAACGGAACGAAAGUUACACUAUUUUAAAUGUAGAUUUUGGCAAAGAGAAAGGCUGCGAUAAUAUUAUGGAAAGCAAUUUUCACAAAAACGACUGCUCCGGUACCUGCACAGAAGGUCGUAAUGCCUAUAAUGAUAACAAUAACGAUAACAGUAACGAUAACAAUAACGAUAACAGUAACGAUAACAGUAACGAUAACAGUAACGAUAACAAUAAUGAUAACAAUAACGAUAACAAUAAUGAUAACAAUAACGAUAACAAUAAUGAUAACAGUAACGAUAACAAUAACAAUAACAAUAAUGAUAACAGUAACGAUAACAAUAACAAUAACAAUAAUGAUAACAAUAACGAUAACAAUAAUGAUAACAAUAACGAUAACAACAACAAUAACAAUAUCGAUAACAAUAACAAUAACAAUAACGAUAACAAUAACAAUAACGUUAACGAUAAGGAUAAUGAUGAUAAAAAGAAAGCGUUAGGUACUUGGAACAACAUGAGGACGGUCAACCACAUCGAUACUUUAAAAUAUGAGAAACGCUUCUUAUCUUUUAUAAUGAGUGAAGAAGAUACAGCCGAAAGGGUAGAGAAAAUCGAUUUUUAUUCCACUAACAGUGCUAUUGAUAUAGAGUGUAUGUUAAAAAAAUUAAAUACUUGUAUUAUUUUUUGCUUGCAAAAUCGAUUAUAUAAAUUUUUAGAAUUGUUUUUAGUAUGGAGAGCCCGUAUAUUUUAUCAUUUAAAUUUAUUCUAUGAAUGUGUAUCUGACUCUUCAAAAGUCUCAUUACUAAAUGCAUAUGCUACAGCAACCUUUGAUGAACAAGGAGGGGAUACCAACAGCUAUUCUUGCUAUAAUCUGCGUAUGCUGUCCUUGCAGCAGCUAAACAUGGUACACAUGGCUGAUUUGUAUGUAGCGCGAGUUUUAAAAAAUGUAAAAAAAAAUGAUGUUUUAGGUAGAACAGUUUGCCAGAAGAGAAGAGGUGAUAAAAUAAAUAAUUCCACAAAACAAACAGCCAUCAAUCGGUAUAGUGAAAAAAAAAAAAGAGUAAAAUUUUUAAAUGAACGCAUACAUACUUAUACUUGGGCUCGAUCAUUCGAAGAUCUCACUAUUCUUAACUGUAUCAAGCGAAAUAAAAAAAAAAUCCCCUUUAUACUUUAA